AUGGCCGACUCUGACGGCGAGUUUGUCGCCGACAUGUCGGACGAUGAGCUCGUCGAUCACCAGGUCACCGACGACGAGGCCCCGUCGGCUCGCAGUAAAUCGUCUCGGCCGAAGCGAAAGCAGAAAAGAAACGGCGAGCAGGCUUGGGAAAAGUCAAAAAGAUCGUGGGAAACGAAUUUGCCCGAGGAGGAUCAGGAUGGCAUCCUCAACCUAACAGUGUUGGAAGCGGAGAAGCGCCGGCGGCUGAUGCGUGAUACGACGCCUCUUCAGCGAGGUAUUAUACGGCACAUGAUGUUGGUGCUCGACAUGUCAUUUGCCAUGGCGGAGAAGGAUUUGCUUCCCACGCGGUACAGGCUGACCAUCAGCUACGCACUAGCGUUUGUCAGGGAGUUCUUUGAGCAGAAUCCCAUUUCGCAGCUGGGGAUAAUUGGCAUGAGGGAUGGCGUCGCUGUUAGAAUAAGCGACCUGGGUGGGAAUCCCGCAGAGCACAUUGAACGCCUAAAGGCAGUCGAGGGGCAGGAUCCCCAGGGAAACCCUAGUUUGCAGAAUGCGCUGGAGAUGUGUCGCGGUGCACUCUUUCACACGCCUUCGCACGGAACCCGGGAAGUCCUCAUCAUUUACGGCGCUUUGUUGUCGAGCGAUCCUGGAGAUAUUCACGAAACCAUCUCCAACCUCAUCGCAGACAAGAUUCGAGUUUCCAUCGUCGGCCUGUCGGCCCAAGUCGCCAUUUGUGCCGACUUGUGCUCCAGGACCAAUGCAGGGGAUGACUCCCAGUACAAUAUUGCCAUGGACGAAGUUCACUUUAGAGACUUGUUCCUUGCUGGCACCACGCCACCUGUGACAAGGACGGCGGAGCAAAACACGGCGAGCCUGCUGAUGAUGGGAUUUCCCUCACGGACGCUCGCACCAGGCGGAGCUAUUAGCUUUUGCGCCUGCCACAGCAAACCUCUCAGGGAGGGAUAUAAUUCCUGUGGACUCACACUGAUUCUAUCCACGCACUUGGCUCGAUCAUAUCACCAUCUCUUCCCUCUACGAAACUGGGUCGAGGUGUCGUGGGCAGAGGCCACAAGAUCAACCGUCUGCUUCUCAUGUUUAUGUCCCUUUCCCGAACCGCCAAAGGACAAGAUUGACGGGGUAGAAAAAUCCAAGGAUGACACUCGCCAUCCAAAAGCUAAAGGAGUUAGCGAAAGCGGGAGGUAUGCCUGCGAAGUAUGCGGCAACCACUUUUGCAUUGACUGCGACGUCUUUGCGCAUCAAGUCAUUCACAAUUGUCCGGGAUGCCAGAGCACCGUCCACCAUGACGUCUCUGCGACAGUCAACGGCAACGGUUACAGUCACCAGACAAACGGGGCGAUGGAGGUGGACACCUAG